AUGCAGAGAUUCAACAAGGUGCUUGAUGCUGCAUUGAUAGCAUUGGUGACGUAUCACCUUGUUAUCUCUCCGUAUUCCAAAGUUGAAGAGUCCUUCAACAUUCAGGCGGUGCAUGAUAUUCUUAAUUAUGGAGCAUUCUCCGCUGAAGCACUUGAAAAGUACGACCACAAACAAUUUCCAGGAGCAGUGCCGAGGACUUUUAUAGGCAGCGUGGUACUUGCCCUAUUAGCAAAACCUGUCAUUUUUGUAUCCGCUCUUUUUGGAAAGGAUUUAUUGCAAGGAGACCAAAGUCAACUUCAAAGCAUUGUUCGGGGUAUUUUAGGUCUAGCAAACACAUUAUCCCUAAUUAGACUCAGAGAUCAGCUCAACAAGGUUACAUUCAGGGACAGAAAGAGUAAAAUCAAAGGGCUAAAUGGGUUUUGGUUUUCUGUUUUAUUGUUAUCGCAAUUCCAUUUGGUAUACUAUUCGACACGUACAUUACCAAACUUUAUCGCUUUACCGUUCGUUAAUUUUGGAUUGAGCAAGUUGAUUGUGGGUGAUUUGUCUGGUUUGACAUGGUUGGCAAUGACUGGUGCCAUAUUCCGAAUGGAAGUGGGUGUAUUUGCUGUGGUUAUUGCAAUGGUUUCCUCUUUGGUAUUUGGACAAUCUAAUAUUGUGACUGAUUUUGUACUCUUGUUUGCCGGGGGGUUAUUUGGUACAUUGACCUCAUUAUUUAUUGACACCUAUUUUUGGGGGAAACCACUCGUUCCUGAGAUUAGUUCAUUCAUCUUUAACAUCAUCAAUGGCAACGCAGCUGAGUGGGGGGUUGAGCCAUGGGGAGCUUACUUUAAAAAGUACCUUUUCCAGUUGUUUAGACCGCCGGUGAUUCUAAUCUUGUCCGUUGUUGGUUUCUUGAAUGACCCAGCUGACGACGGAGUUGCUGUAACAAAUACCAAAGCCGUGCGUCAUCCAGCAAGAAAUUCGUUACGUAUAUUGUGCACGUCGUCAAUCAUUUUUAUUGCAAUUAUGUCCUUUCAACCUCAUAAGGAGUGGCGCUUCAUUAUCUACACUGUGCCUAUCUUUACCUUGCAAGCAGCUAAUGGAUUGAGCAAUAUCUCGAUUAAGUGGAGUCUUAGCUUCUCAAACAAGUUGUUGACUUUGCUAGUUUCUCUCUUGAUUUUGGUGAGUUCAAUUCUUUCAUUAUACAUGGGAUACAUCUCCAGUUAUAACUACCCUGGUGGAGAAGCAUUGACUUUUGCUAAUUAUUAUGUGUCAAAAGUUUACAGUGAUCGCAACGUGUCGAUUCAUUUGGAUGUCCCCGCUUGUAUGACGGGGGUUACUCGGUUUGGAGAACUACAUCAUAAAGCAGUAACGUACGACAAAUCUGAGACCGAUUUCGAUUACGCCAAUUUUGAUCUUGUCAUCACUAAUGGUACACUUGAUGGUUGGAAACUCCUACACAAGGCAAAAAUCUUUAAAGGUUUGAACCUUUCCACUAUCAUCAAAUUGGUCGAAUCUCAAAGAGCUAAUCGCUCUAUGUUGUUCAUACUUUUGAAAAUUAUGGUUGAUGAAUUUUUGAACGGGACUAAUGAAACAUUGAAAAGCUUAUUAAGAUCCACAAUUGUUCUGGAGGAUUAUAUAAAUGUUUAUGAAAAGCCCAUCAAGUCAGGGUGA